UGUCUCCUAUCGAGGCAGCCGAAAUUAGUUCCAAAUAAAUGAGUAGAUAGACAAAUCCUAUGAGUCUUGUAAUUACUCAAGUGUCAUAUAUAAGUUUAAAAACUUGAAGACAAAAUAUUUAGGCAGCAAUUCUGGCUAUGUAAGAAUGUUACAGAGGAACAAAUGUGGCCUAUGGCGCAUUGAUUUUUGUCAUAAAUGCAGUGUAAAUGUGUGUUUCUCUCUCCUAUGUGCGCCAUAAUAAGCCCAUCGUGUGAUUCGGACUUCCCGAUGGCAGCAUAACUUUCUGUUAUAUUUUACAUUGCGCUAAGGUGAAAAACACGUGUGCUAAUCACAAGGAGCACAUCUUGGACUAUCUAUGAUUUGUGUGGGACAUUCACCGGGCGGCUAGAGCCGACGCAAGGCCCUACAAUCAACUGUUUUCAUCGAAUAAUGGCUACAGAAUUGGCUGGAAAUGCCAACUCUGCUGGUCGAGAAAACUCGAACCAACCAGGCAACCACCUCGACGAAAAUAUGGAUAGGCCUAACGUGAACAGGCCUAUGCACGUUGGUUCAGGACCAAAUCCUGCAGGACCUGGAGGACCUGGUAGUCUUCUAGGUAGAACUACGCCUACGUCUGGAAAUAAUUUAGCUAAUCCUUCCAUGAGAAAUCAAUCUGGGGACAUAUCAUUGAAAAUGACUGGUGCAUCUCGCGAUGGAUACGGUGGGGGUGUACCACCACAUCAACAACUGUCUGGAAUGAUGAUGGGAGACAAUAGAAUGAACCCAUAUCAUAGACCAGGGACUCAUCCAGCUGGAGGUAACCCAAAUAAUCCAUAUAUGAGUAACAGUGGUGGUCACAUAGGUGGUAUGUCUAAUUUGGCAGGAUAUAAUGGUACUGGAUUUUAUGGCAAUGAGGCACAACAAAGGACAGUGAUGGGAAGUGGUGGAUAUGGUGGUGGAAUACCCCCAGCUACACCUCCAAAUCAACACAUGGUUCCCGGAAAUAUGCAUCCGAAUAUGGGAGGUGGUUCCCAGCCUCCAAAUCAAUUUAACCAGUACGAUGGACACUUGCAGAACCGAGGCUUUCAGACUUCAGUUUCGCGAAACAGUGCAUCAAAUCCAAUGAACAAUUAUGCACCGCAACAACAGAGAAUUUCAAGUUCUGCUCCUACACUUUCACAGCUUUUACAGGGACAAAAACCUAGCCCAAAUUAUUCUGCUUACUCAAGUCAAAAUGUGAAUAAAGGAGCUGACAAUCAUGUAAUGGGCAUGCUAGGCAACCAGACAUAUCCACACCAACAGUGGGGACAAAGAAUGCCACUAAAUACAGGACAGUUAGGCCCGCCUGGAUAUGGACAAUCAAUGGGUCGAAAUCAGAUGAACAUGAUGCCGGAUGGUAGUCCAAUGCCGAAGCGUCCAAGCCCAUUCCAAUCAUCGCCUUAUCAACAAGGUCAGUAUGGUCCAGGUGGUAGGCCAUAUCCAGGCAUGCCCCCAUCUCGUUACCCGAUGACCAGUAGGAGUCAGCCAAUGCCUAGCUCUGUCAGUGGAAAUGGCCCAUACUCUCAACAGCAUGGCUCCCAAAACCUCACCUCUAAUAGCCAACAACAGAAUUUUAUACUACAGCAACAAGGAGCCAACCAGAAGCCAAAGGAGGCAGAGAGUGGAGGUAUAGAUGAUGGCACAAGUAGUAAUGAUUUCAACCAAACUGGGACGUCAGUGGCUCCAUCUCAGCAAACAGAUUCCUUUUCACAAUCAUCUCAAUCACCUCAUCUGCAUCCUACAGUCUCCGCUCUUAGGCCGUCUACAUCUCCAGUGGGUUCGCCAUCAAGCCACAUGUCUAGAUCAUCUGUCUCUCCUGCAAGUAUCCAUGGUGGCUCAAUAACCCCACAACCUCCAUCUAUGCCGCCACCACCUGCCAGCCAAUCGGAUUCUUCAACAAUAAAUCAGAUGAACCAGUCACCGAUGAGCUCUCAAGAAAGAGGUUUUAAUAGUGAAUUAAUGUCUUCAGGCCACCAGAUGGCGAUGUCUGGCUACCCUAAUCAACAGCAACAGAUGAGAACUAAUAUUCAUUCUACAUUCCCCCCAUACGCAAGCAUGGCACAGAAUCAGCCAAUGGGCAGCUUUUCCCAGGGAGGGGGUAAUAUGGCCCCUUACGCCCAAGGAAUGCAAGGACCAAUGCAACAAGGUAAUAUAGGAAGACCUCAUAGUAUGACAGGAUAUGAUGGAUACGGCUCUAAUCCAAAUGUACCUGGGCCGAAUAUGCCUGGCCCAAAUAUGGCUGGACCAAAUAUGUCUGGUCCUAAUAUGCCUGGCCCAAGCAUGCCCGGUCCAAACAUGACUGGACCGAACAUGACUGGACCGAACAUGCCUGGACCGAACAUGCCUGGUCCCAACAUGCCUGGUCCCAACAUGCCCGGUCCCAACAUACCCGGUCCCAACAUACCCGGUCCCAACAUGCCUGGUCCCAACAUGCCUGGUUCUGCUGCAAUGGGAGACACAAUGACUCUUGAUUCAAGAGGACCACGAGGUGCUAGUAACAUGGACGGUCUCAACUCACAGUUUAACGCAUACAACUCAGGAAAUAUGCCAAGUAUGCCGCAUUCCAAUGCUAACAUGAAAAGUCCACGAGGACCGAAUGCCUACCAAAGGAAUGAUACACAGGCAGGAGUAGGAACAGGAGCACCAGGUGCUGAUAGCCCGUCGAGCAUAAGAGGAGCCCAGGCUGCUGCUGCUGCUGCUGUCUUAGCUGCUGCAAACAGCGCUCAUAAAUUUCGAGGUGCGGGAGUGCAGAAUCAGAGACCAUUAACAAAUCAGUUCCCGACCGGUGGAGGUUUCGGUGGCUGGCCACCACAGCAGAACCAGAUGGUUCUGGGUGGUGGAGCACCUGGACAAGAAUCUGACAGAAUGACCUCAGGUCCCACGAUAGAAAAUGGUAUGCCAGGUAAAUCAAGUCCUACAAACUUGCCAGUUCCAUCAGAUAAUGUUGAUACUAAAAGCACUGCAGAUGUGAUGAAGCAGGAAAGUGUAAAUACAAUGGAAGCCGUAGAGGCUAAUAGUUUACCCACCAUUAAAGAAGAACCUUCAGAAACCCAGCAAGAUAAGAAGGUAACUGAACCACCAACUCCACCAGAGGGAAUAACCGGCGCUUCCCCAGUUGCCUCAUCCGGGGACGAAACCAAGUCAUCCCAAGAUAACAACAAGGAAGUGAAUGAUGUAAAACCACCGACUGUUAAACGAGAGAAAAAGGAUCCCUCCUACAAUAAGAUUGAAAGACUAUAUGAGUUGUGUGACCACCCAGAUAGAAAGCCUUUCUUAGAUACAUUAGUAAAAUUGAUGGAAGCAAAAGGAGAACCAAUAGUGUCAUUACCCACAAGCCGCAGCGGUAUUUUAGAUCUAUUCAAAUUGUAUAGGAAUGUCCAGGAGAAAGGUGGAUUAGCUGAAGUUUCAAAGAAUAAAUUAUGGAAGGAGAUAGCAAGUACUGUGCAUUUCGGUACCACAAAUCAUGCAGGAUACACAGUUAAAAAGCACUAUGAGAAAUUCUUGUUAUCGUACGAAUAUGAACACGCCAGAGCGAGUCCGAAGCAUAUAUAUGCAGACACACACCACUCAAAUUCUAACAACUCUUCAGCCUCUUCACCUGGAAUCAAUUCUAUAGCAGACUUGCCUAAUUCAAUAGCUUCUCCCUCUCUGGACAACUUGAAGAGACCACCAAGUCAAACCUCACAACCAGGUACUCCCGGUGACACGCGGAGUAGCUCGUCACCGAUGAUGCCACAACCAGUUCCACAAAUACCAAAUACAGAUAACUCGAAGGAUAGUAUAACUGUUCGAGAUCCUUUUGAUGAUGCUAUACCAAAUAAUACUAUAGCAAGGCCAAACUUCCCAGGGAGGUCGACUCCAAACACCGGUAUGGACCCAACAUGGAAUAGUUCAGUGCCCGGCUCAGAACCAUUUAUGAAUAAGAUGGCAAUGAUGAAUGCCCAAGGGAAUGAUAUGUACAGCGGCAGACGGAAUGCACCCAGUAUGCCACAGGAUUCUUUCAAUCGACGUCCUAUGCCUUCUGGGCCUGGUAUGGGAGGCAAUCGACUCUAUGGACCUCAAUUUGAUCGGGAAGGAAUGAACCAAGGUGGGCCAAUGGCAAACAACUCAAUGGAUCAGAGUAUGUAUCCAUCACGGUAUGGAGGACAGCCACCCCAAGGGCCUAGACCACAAGGCCAGGAUGGUUCAUACAUGGCACCACCAUACCAAGGACCGUAUCCAGGACAGCAGCCUCAAGGGAUGUUUUCAAAUGAUGGCAUACGACCCAACUAUCCACAGAAACGACCACCGACUGAUAUGGUUGGCCCUUCACCAAAAAGGGGUCCUGAUUUCAUGAAUCAAGGAGGUAUGAUGCCAAGACCCAACAGUUACCGUGGUGGAAUGCCGCCCUUUUCACAACAAAGCAACUAUCCUCCACAGCCAGGUAAUUUUGCAUCUGGUGACCCUGGGAUGAACACUCAGAGCCCUUUUCCCAAACCAAACCAUGAAAGACAUCCAGGACCCAUGAAUUCUGCAGGCAUGUACAGUAACCCAUAUUCUGCUGAUCAAUCUAUUCCACCCAUUGGGGGAGGACCAAGCAUGCCUGUACCACCACCAGGACCCCCUAACUCCUGGGCUGCGUGGAGUGACACUCAUUUUCCUAAUUCCUCUCAAGGUGGUCCAAAACGUGAUGGUUACAACGCCAUGCGGUUCCGAGAUGGUCACGGUCCUUCACCAUCCUGGGGAACUAUGCAACAGCGACCAGGCGGAUCGCCAUAUUCGAACGCCUCACCAGGGAUGCUCCUAGGUGCUCAGGCUGGAGCACCGAGGCUGGCAGCGUUGAUGUCCGCCACAAGGGAAAAACAUCACCAGAUGCAACAGCACAGCAGGAUGCGACAGCAUAGAGGACAGAUGAGCCAGAGUUCUCAUGUUCAGAAGGAAGUGAUCUACCCACCAGGCUCAGUGGAGGCUAAGCAACCAAGUUUGGUGAAAAGACGGAGACUAAAAGCCAAAGAUUGUGGGGCUGUAGAGGCUAUGAGGCUGACCAUGUGCUUAAAAUCUGGGUUACUGGCAGAAAGCAGAUGGGCCUUGGAUAUGAUGAAUAUUCUAUUGUUUGAUGAUUCCACAGUCAUGUAUUUUGAUCUUAAACAGCUUCCUGGAUUGCUGGAAUUAGUCAUGGACCAUUUUAGAGCUUGUCUCGUGCUGCUAUUUGAGCAAUUUAAGGAUCUGGAACUGAAAUCAAAUAAACAAUUGGAUAUGGAUAAUAAAAACAAGUGUAGCAAACGGACAGACAAGCCAUGUGUAACAAAUUCUACUGAUAAAACAAAGUGUAACGAAGAAGACUUUAAAAGUGAUGUUGAUAGAACUGAAGAAUUUUUAGAAGAAAUACCAGAAAGGACUGAUUAUGACAAAGAAGAUUUUAAAACUGUUAAAGACCUUCUAGAUGUUGAAUCAGUGCAGAAUGUUACCACAGAAAAGUUAAAAGGUAGAGAUAAAAGCAAGAAUGUUGGCCUGGUUGAAGCAUCUGCAAUUUUUCUUGAUGAGAUAAAGGAAUGGGAUGUCUAUGAAGGGUUUGAGAGUGACAAGACUCAUUGGAGCUUAGGUGGAGGUGACUUAACACAACAUAUUGUAAAUGUUUUUGAGAAGAAGAAACAAACAGUCUUUCCAUACCCAGGAUUAAAACUAAAGGAAAGUAGUCCGGCUUGUGAACCACAAGAGCAAACAAUGAGUAGCGAGGAACUGAUAGAUUCAUUGGAGCCAUUUGACAAAGACAAUCAAGAAAAGAAGUUGACAUAUGCAUCGAUGUCAAAGAAAAGAGAUGAUGAAAUAGUAUUAGAAGAUGAGGGGCUGACAAAUGAUGUAUAUGCUCUGUGUGUAUCCAGCGAGUAUAAAGACUCAAUAUCACGAUUGUGUGUUUGUAUCUCCAAUAUCCUUAGAAGCUUGUCGUUUAUUCCUGGUAACGAUAUUGAACUUGUAAAACAUACUGGCUUUCUGCUAGUCAUUGGCCGUCUUUUGCUCAUGAGUCAUUGUCAUCCCGAGAGGAAGGUAACCAAUACUUCCAGUACACCCAAAGACAAAGAUGAUUCAUUAGAUGAUUGCCCAUAUUCAGACAAGUUUCAACAAUCAUGGGACUGCUUGAAUCAGUUGCGAGAGAAUGCUCUUGUUAUAUUAAGUAACAUUUGUGGCCAUUUGGACCUGUCCAUUUAUCCGGAAAAAAUAUGCAUGCCGAUUCUGGAUGGCCUAUUGCAUUGGGUUGUUUGCCCAUCAUCUUAUGCUGUCGACCCCUUUCCAUCGCUCCCAGCCAGUUCCCCGCUAUCACCAAAGCGACUCGCAUUAGAGACCCUCGCAAAACUCACACUGAAGGACAACAACGUAGACAUGGUGCUUGCUACACCACCAUUUACGCGCAUCCAAAGGGUUUUUACAAACCUGGUACAGCACUUGGUGGAUCGCAAAAACCCUGUUGUGCGUGAAUUCUCUGUUGUGCUUCUUUCAAAUCUGGCCAACGGAAGUAGUAUUGCUGGCCGUGCCAUUGCUUGUCAGACGGCCAGCAUCUCUAAUCUGAUUUCUUUCAUUGAGGAUUUUGAAUUGGCCAGUAAUCCAGCUAGCGUUCGGGAUUUGGUCGAACCCGAUAAGGAUAUGAUGCGUCGUGCAGCGUAUGCAUUGUCUGCUCUUGCCAAGGUUCCUGAGAACCGCCCUCUAUUCAUCCAGUACCAAGCGAGACUUCUGAACAUAGCCAUAGCUUCCGCGUCGUCAGUAAACAGUGUCCCUCCACUUGUACAGCAGUACAUAGGAGAUGUACUGUACGAAAUCUCUUUGUCAUGACAUAUAUACAUGUGAAUAAAUUUACUUUAGAGAUUGUCCAAAUUAAAAAAAAAACACUUUUUAAAGUUGUUAAAUGAAGCAAGUGGAAUACCUCAGAUAUUAAUUACUACUAUUGUCUUUGUAUGUGCAUGCCUAUGUAGGCAUUUUUUGGUUUCCUAAUUUCUCUAUGACAAUUCCAUGCUUAUGUAAACAGGACAAUUGUUUAAAACAAGGUUGAUGUCCUUAUAAGAAAUAUGGCAGAAGAUAGGCAUGUCAUUUUUAAAUUGUGCCAAUAUGAAAUAUGUAGGGACUGGUAUUGACCAUCAUGAGUGGCUCAAAAAAUGGUGCUUAUUUCUUUUUUUUUCUCCUAUAUCUAGGUUAAGUAUAUUAAAAUUCUUUAUGCUAUUCUCUAUACUCACUUAAUGAGGUAGCGGUAGCUAUCUUUUCCCACUGGCCGUUUCAAGUAAACUAAAAUUUGAUAAAUUGAAUUAAAACCUUGAAAUAUUAGUGGGGGAAAGGUUUAUCCCAAAACUAUUUGUACUCUCUGAAACAUUUUGAAUAAGUAAUUUCUGUUGGCUGUUUGUUUUUUGUUUGUUUUUUUUGGAGGAGCAUUAUAUUAGCUUUUUGUACCUCUCCUGUGUUGGUGGUCUGUAUUGUGUGGUUACUGUAGUGUCUAUUGGAUCAUUCUUAAAUCAUCAUCCUAGCUUGAUUUCAUAUUGUCGUAAGAAAGUAUUUUUGAGAGAAAUUUACAUAAUAUUGAAAAUCGUGUAUAAUGAGGAAACUGCCUGAAAUUGUUUGAAGGCAAAGACAAUUGUGAAUAUAUGUUAAGUCGAUCUGAGAGUAUGGAUUCAAAACGCUUGAUUUAAAUGGUUUUAAUGGGAUUCCACAGGACUGAGGUUGAACAUCUCAUUAUCCUUAAGCUGAUAUAAUUUAAAGGGAGCAUCCCUAAUAGGAUCUCUGAAACUCAUCAUGAGCAUUGGAUUUUAAUUGGAUGGCCUUUGUGUGCUUUCCAGAAUAAGAAUUGAGCAAAUAUAGAGAAUAUAUUUAAAUUUCUAUUAGUAUAUCCUACUAAAACAAGGAAUACCGAUGAAUUUUGUUUUUGUAGUACGAUGAUUGAUAUGCUUCUAAAUUGUAUUUAUUAGAAUGGAUGAACUGUAUUUUGGCUUCCACGACCAGACAGCUGUUUCAUGUGUAAGUUGGUAGCUUGUAUGCUAAGCUACGAUUUUUAGAAACAUGUUAGGAAAUAUUAUCAAAAACAUCUUAGUGGGAAUUUUUAUGACCCUACCAACAACAUCCUAAACAGUGCAAGCGUGAUUAAUUACAGAAGAAAAUUUAAGAAAAUAAGAAAAAAAAAUAGACCAAAGACACUGCUGUACUGCUUGUGAGUGACCUAAUAUGCCAAGGCUUGGAUCUAUAAAUCGCAAAAGCUACUGUUAUCCGCUGGUGUUGUGUUUUCCUAUAUAACUCUUUUGCUUACGUUAAUAAGAUAUUGUCUACAUCAGUUUCCACAGCAUUAAUAAAAUAAUAGUGUACUGGGAUUUAUAAAUGCCAAGAUGUUCAGCAUAUCUUGAGGGACUGUUGUUAUUUUGUCUAAUUUUUGCUGUGUGUUGCAGCAAGUACUGAUGAUAUUAUAUUUGAAGGUUCUUCGUUUUGAUAGGGGGAAUCGAAACUGUGCUCCAUCGAGUCUUGCUCCAGUGGAUGUUCUGGCUUAGGUGAUUCGAUUUAUGCACUAAAACUGCGAAUUAUCACAGUUUGUCGAGUUUGACAUUCUUCCUAUGUUAUUCUUUUACGAUGUUUAAAAUACCACCUGUAGAAAGUUUCGCGUCUAUUUUGUAGGUUGAUUAUUAUUAUCUAUAGUCACUGUACUUGUAAUGUUGCAAACGGUUUAUAUAACUGAAGUCUGGAAUGUAAAUAAAACCAAUCCUUCAUAAAUUGUA